UCUAAAACAAUCCUCUCUCAUCAAAGCCUUAAGACUCUGCACUGAGGAAGCUGUGAACACGCUCUCUUCUCAGCAGCAGACGCUACUUUUCUUUAUAUCUGCUCAACCAAUGAUAAAAGAGACAUAGUAGCUGAGUGUUAGCUCAUGCUAAUUGAAUUAAGUUGUGGCUAAUGCUCACUCAAAUCAGUGUCCGGUUUAUUGAGCUGCAGUGAGGAAGAAGGAGCCUCUUUAACGUCAGCUUUCCGAGAGACAACUAUUCAGUGAAGAUGAGACCAUGGUCCCAGUACUAACCUCCAGAAAGGCCAGUGAACUUCCCGUCAACGAAGUCGUGUGUGUGCUGCAGGCUGACCUGCAGGUGGGUCUGGUGGAGGAGGAGGUGAACCGGAGGAGAGCGUACCACGGCUGGAACGAGUUUGACAUCAGUGAGGAGGAGCCGCUAUGGAGGAAGUACAUCUCACAGUUCAAAGAUCCUCUCAUCCUGCUGCUGCUGGCCUCGGCCGUCAUCAGCAUCCUGAUGAGGCAGUUCGAUGACGCCAUCAGCAUCACGGUGGCCAUCAUCAUCGUGGUGACGGUCGCCUUCGUCCAGGAGUAUCGCUCAGAGAAGUCUCUAGAAGAACUGGGGAAGCUGGUUCCUCCAGAAUGUCACUGCAUCAGGGAGGGGAACCUGGAGCACCGUCUGGCCCGAGAGCUGGUUCCUGGAGACACCGUGUGUCUGUCGGUGGGGGAGAGGGUCCCUGCAGACCUGCGCCUGGUGGAGGCGUCAGACCUGUGUGUGGAUGAGUCCAGUCUGACAGGGGAGACGUCUCCCUGCUCCAAGUCCACCCUCCCCCAGCCGGCCUCCUCCAACGGAGACAUCGCGUCCCGCAGCAACAUCGCCUUCAUGGGGACAUUGGUGCGCUGCGGCCGGGCCAAGGGCAUCGUGAUCGGGACCGGAGAGAAUUCAGAGUUUGGGGAAGUUUUCAAGAUGAUGCAAGCAGAAGAGGCUCCUAAAACCCCGCUGCAGAAGAGCAUGGACCUGCUGGGGAAGCAGCUGUCGCUCUACUCCUUCGGGAUCAUUGGAGUGAUCAUGCUGGUGGGCUGGCUGCAGGGGAAGAAGCUCCUCGACAUGUUCACCAUCGGAGUCAGUCUGGCGGUGGCGGCGAUCCCUGAAGGUUUACCGAUCGUGGUGACGGUGACGCUGGCGCUCGGUGUGAUGCGCAUGGUGAAGAAGAGAGCCAUCAUCAAAAAACUCCCCAUCGUGGAGACUCUGGGCUGCUGUAACGUGAUCUGCUCGGAUAAAACGGGAACUCUGACGAAGAACGAGAUGACGGUCACUCAGCUUUUCACGUCAGACGGACUCCACGCCGAGGUGACCGGUGUGGGUUAUAACGGAGCGGGAGACGUGUUGGUGGACGGAGAAAUCAUCCACGGCUUCUCCUGCCCCUCCGUCAGCAAGAUCGUGGAGGUUGGAUGUGUGUGUAACGACUCGGUCAUCAGGAAUCAGAAUCUGCUGGGACGACCGACGGAGGGUGCGCUCAUCGCCCUCGCCAUGAAGAUGGGUCUGGAGGGUCUGCAGCAGGACUUUGUGCGUCUGGAGGAGCUUCCCUUCUCCUCGGAGCAGAAGUGGAUGUCUGUGCGCUGCGUUCACCGCACGCUGCAGGAUAAGCCUGCCGUGUACUUCCUGAAGGGGGCGUACGAGCAGGUGAUCCGUCUCUGCAGCUGCUACAACAGCAGGGGGUCCAGCCUGCCCCUGACCCCCCAGCAGAGGGAGCUGUACCAGCAGCAGAUCAGCUACAUGGGCUCUGCAGGCCUCAGGGUGCUGGGGUUUGCGUCCGGCUCGGAGCUGGGCAGCCUGACCUUCCUGGGUCUGGUGGGAAUCAUCGACCCCCCGAGGUCAGGGGUCAAAGAGGCCAUCGGGAAGCUCAUCAACUCUGGGGUCGCCAUCAAGAUGAUCACCGGGGACUCGCAGGAGACCGCCGUGUCCAUCGCCAGUCGUCUGGGUCUGUACUCUAAAGGCAGCCGCUGUCUCUCCGGAGACGAGGUGGAUCACCUGGACCUGCAGCAGCUCUCCAGCAUCGUCUCCAGGAUAGCCGUGUUUUAUCGAGCCAGUCCCCGACACAAGCUGAAGAUCGUCAAGUCUCUGCAGAACAUCGGCGCCGUGGUGGCCAUGACGGGAGACGGGGUGAACGACGCCGUGGCGCUGAAGGCGGCCGACAUCGGCGUGGCGAUGGGUCGGACCGGCACCGACGUCUGCAAGGAGGCGGCCGACAUGAUCCUGGUGGACGACGACUUCCAGACCAUCAUGUCGGCCAUCGAGGAAGGAAAGGGAAUUUAUAACAACAUCAAAAACUUUGUGCGCUUCCAGCUGAGCACGAGUAUUGCUGCUCUGACGCUCAUCUCCUUGGCGACGCUGAUGAACUUUCCCAACCCGCUGAACGCGAUGCAGAUUCUGUGGAUCAACAUCAUCAUGGACGGCCCCCCCGCUCAGAGUCUGGGUGUGGAGCCCGUGGAUCAGGAUGUGAUCCGGCAGCCCCCCCGUAAUGUUCGGGACAGCAUCCUGACUCGCUCCCUGCUCAGCAAAGUGCUGCUGUCGGCGUUCAUCAUCGUCUGUGGGACGCUCUUCGUCUUCUGGAGGGAGUUGCAGGACAACGUGAUCACUCCUCGAGACACGACGAUGACCUUCACCUGCUUCGUCUUCUUCGACAUGUUCAACGCCCUCAGCUCCCGCUCUCAGACUCGCCUGGUGUAUGAGCUGGGUUUUUGCAGUAACAGGACGUUCUGUUUCUCGGUCCUUGGCUCCAUCAUGGGUCAGCUGCUCGUCAUCUACUUCCCCCCCCUGCAGAGCGUCUUCCAGACGGAGAGCCUCUACUUCACAGACCUGCUGUUCCUGGUGAGCCUCACUUCCUCCGUGUGCAUCGUCUCCGAGGCCGUGAAGGUGCUGGAGAGGUGGAGGGGGUCCCAGAGGAGCCCCCCCGCCUCCGACUGCUUCCACGAGGUAUGACCUCCCCCCCCCCCCCCCGCUGACCGAGGAGGAGGAGGAAGAGGAAGGAGCCUCACAAUCGAUGGCACUGACUCGUUAAGUUUCCUGAUGUGAGGAGGAGGAAGAUUUCUGGUCUGUGACUGGAAGAAGCUCCCAGCCUCGGGGGGUUUAUAGUCUAGCUGCCAGCAGUGUGAACGGAUGUUGAGGACCCCAAAGUUCUAUAUUAGAAAUGUAGAGUAGGGUCUCCAGCACAUAGAAACUGCCGGAUGCUAACCUGCAGAUGUUGGGACAUUUGCACGAUUAGUACAAGUUGUGUUUGAUAGCAUAUAUGCAGACGGUAGCUAAAACGUUUUGAGGCCCCUAAAACUUAAAAAUCGACCCAAAAUGCAUCCUAAUCCGCCCACAGAGAGUAUAGAUACAUGUCCUCUUUCUGGUUGAAACUGCUAUUGUUGACCCUGAAGAUGUCAGAAAUUGAUUCAGCGUCCCUCAACAAACCUCAAAAUGUUAUAAAUCGGCCAAGCCACCUUUUAAGCUAUUGCCUAUAUAUGCUAAUUAACACUAAUUAACCCAAUUUAUGCUAAUUGUACAAAAGUCCCAGCAUCUGCAGGUUAGCAUCCGGCAGUUUCUAUGAGCUGGAGACCCUACUCUACAUUUCUAUCCUCACACUUUGGGGUAUCAACAUUUCCAGGUUCACAGCAGGACUCUAUGAGCUGGUUAGCAGACGGUUAUUGGACUGGACUUGUGUUAAACUGGGGGCAAGAUGGAUGCCCCCCCCCCCCCUCCAUCGUGCUUUAGGACGGUUUCUUCUCCCUGAAGGACGGAGGAGACGUGCAGUUCUUCUUUUUUAAUCUUCAGAAGGUGUUGACCACUUAUCCACAUGUAUAAGGGUGGAGGUGUAACGGCACUCAAACAAGCUGAAACACUUCCUUCUGAGGUUAAAGUCAAUUCUGCUGCUAAAAUGAAAGCGCUGACAGAUUCCCGUGUUCUGAAUGAUUGAAAGGAAACGAGGUGUGUGUGCACAGCUCACAAAAACAGAUUCGUGUUUUUACACAUUUUUCUAAAAGUCUUGAUAAAAGUGAGAUUUUUAUUUACUUUUAAUUUACAAUAUCAUCAUUCCCCAAUAUAAUUAGAAUACGAGAAAGUCCCUCAAAUGUUUUACGUGAUUUAAACAUUAUUGUUAUUGUUACUACACUAUUUUCCGAUCCGCUCUAAUUCAUCACGAGUGGUUCGUCGUCCCUCUUUGAGUAAAGAGUGUUUCCAGAACUCUGCAGACAAAGAGAUUUAAAGGAACAUUUACUAUGUUUUCAUUUCCUUUGGGUACGGACCAACAGAGGGGAAGUACAGCUGCAAAAGUGACCAAAACAUCCGAACCAAAAACCAGUGAAUUAGUAAUGAACGUGUCGUUACACCUCCACUUCACGGCUUGCUUUCUGUGAUCUGUGCUUGUUUUUUUUUAUGCUUCUUCCUGAGCACACUGCUUUUUAUUUAAAUUAAAAUGGUAUUUGUACAGCUGAUGACAAAUGCUUUUCUCUUGUCAUAUUUAAUAUAAAUAAAUAAAGUUCCUGUUGAAAAUCCUGAUGUUAAAAUGUGGAUUCCGGCCUCGAAACGCACUACGCGGUGCGUUCAGGGUACACACACUUUCUAGUAAAGAUGCAUUGUUCUCAUCCUGUGCCUUAGAGACGUCAUUUUAAAUAUCUCCAAUAUAAAAACCCUUUAAUCAGUGUCAGCACUUAAAGGGUUUCACAAGAGAAUCUCCUCAAAAUAGUAAUAAAAAGGUUUAUUUACAAUUUGUAUUAAAUGUGGAUGUAUUCUCUUCUUCACCGGGGGGUCGUCUUUUCUUUAUAGGACAUGGUGCUUUCUGGGAAAUGUAGUUCUAGCAGUUGAAAGUUUAAUUUAUUUAGGUUUUGGCCUGAAAACAUGAACACUAGAAAAUAAAAAUAUAUUUUCACUCGGUUUCCAAAACAUUCAAUCCUGUUUUAUUUGUGCAAAACUGUGAUGUGUUUCUCAAUAUGAAGUAAAAUAUGAUCCAACCUCUA